AGGCCCGAUAUUGUCCUAUACGGUCGUCAAAUAGGUUAGCAAAAAUGUCGGAUAUCGAUGUUGAGGAAGUCCGAAAGUCUUAUCAACAUUUCUCUUUAAUAGAUUAUUCAGUAUUCGUGUUUAUGUUAGUAAUAUGUGGCCUCGUAGGCGUUUAUUUUGGUCUGGUAAAGAAACAGACCUCAACGCAAGAUUAUCUGAUGGGUGGUAGAAAUAUGAAAUUGAUUCCUGUUUGCUUUUCCUUAGUAGCCAGUUUUAUUUCAGGAAUAUCUCUGCUAGGCAUUCCUACAGAAUUUUACGUGUACGGAACUCCGCACGGAUUUCAUAUUAUUGGAGCCUCAGUGAUGUCUUUAAUAAUUUGCUACACGUUCAUACCUGUGUUAUAUGACUUGAAACUUACGUCUGCUUAUGAGUAUUUGGAGAUCCGCUACGAUAAACGAUUAAGGGUUUUUGGAUCAGUUUUAUUUUCUGUUUAUUUGAUGGCGUGGCUUCCUAUUGUAAUAUAUGUACCAGCUUUAGCUUUCAAUCAAGUUACUGGAGUAAAUAUUCACAUCAUAACGCCUAUUGUUUGUAUUGUUUGCAUAUUUUACACUUCCCUGGGUGGUUUAAAGGCAGUGGUGUGGACUGACGUGAUUCAGACUGUAAUAAUGAUUGGAGCCAUGAUCUUGGUCAUUGUUAAAGGAACAAUUCGCGUUGGUGGUAUUCAAGAGGUCAUCAGGAGAAAUUGGGAAACUGAUAGGAUUCAACUUCCGACUUUGAGGUUCGAUCUCACUGAAAGACAUUCAAUUUGGUCGGUUUCAAUUGGUGCAACUUUUUAUUGGAUUGGUAAUAUUGCGGUGAAUCAAUCAAUGAUGCAGAGGUUUCUAGCAUUACCUGAGCUGAAGCAAUCAAAAAGAGCGGUUUGGGGCUUUCUCAGCGGAGUUAUAUUGAUCAUCAUUAUAUGUGGCUAUAGUGGGCUACUAGCAUUCGCCAAAUAUUAUGAUUGUGACCCGCUUGAUUCCAAAUUGGCUUUAGCAAAGGACCAGAUAUUGCCACUGUUAGUGAUGGAUCUUUUGACAGAAUGGAAAGGUAUGCCUGGGAUCUUUGUAGCUGGAGUUUUUAGCGCUGCUCUCAGUUCUCUUUCAACUGGCUUGAAUUCAAUGGCAGCUGUGGUACUUGAAGAUUUUUGGAAGCCAUUUUUUAAAGAGCUCAAUCAUAGACAGACGCAAAUAUUGAUUCGUGCUGUAGUAGUCAUACUUGGAUGCGUUUGUUUAGGUUUAGUGUUCAUCGUAGAAAUGCUAGGUUCGGUACUGCAACUUACUAUGAGCCUGUCUUCAGCAUCUUUAGGGCCACUCGUAGCAGUUUUUCUUAUGGGAUUGUUCUUGCCAUUUAUUGAUGCAACAAGCGCUUUAAGUGGCGGUAUUGUCGGUUUAAUUUGCUCAUGGUGGAUUGCAGCGCAAUCACAGUUAGCGCAAGCUCAAGGUCAUCUCACUUACCAGGAGAAACCGCGGUUCCUCCACAAUUGUACCUAUUCAUACUCGCCGCCGUUGAGUGAGGAACAUCAUACGGACAAGGAAGUGUUCUACCUUUAUCGACUUUCCUAUCUGUGGUUCACUGCGUUUGGUUGUACCGUUUGUGUCAUAAUGGCCUGUAUUGUCAGUUUGAGGAAAGCCCCAAAAUCACAUGGCGAUCUGAGAUUGUUCGUGCCAAUUAUUAGGAAUUUUAUGGCCAAAAAACGACGAGUAAAGCAAAUAAAUUUGGAGGAUAGGUACAGUUAGUGGUUUGUAAAGUAUAGAAGCAUACACUUGUUUAAUAAAAAAAUAUGUAAUUUGUGUAAUUAUUAAUAGAAAAAUCGAGAUUGAACACUUAAAAAAGAAUCCUUGGAUCCGGCUGGAUUGGAACC